ACAAUAAAACGAAUGCCCUUUUGGGUUUUGUUCUGUGUUGCUCUUCCUGAAUUGUUGAAGUCAUCAUCGUUUACCCGCGUUCGUUGAACAAGUCACAACGUUUGGCGGGACUGAGCUCGAAAGGAAGCGGCUUUAUCAUUUGUUUGGCACGAUGCAGUUUGUUGACAGGAAGAAGAAGAAGCAAUUUACCCCUCUAGUAGAAAUCUAUAAACAAUGUCUACAGUUCUAUGCAGAGCCUCCUCUUGAAACCAUUUCACUCUCUGAAUUUGAGACACUGGCUGUGGACAGACUCAAACUGUUGAAGAGAGUUGAGAAUUUGGGUGUGAGCUAUGUGAAAACAUCAAAUGAAUACAAAGACAAACUUUACAAUGAGUUGAGAAACCUGAACUUCCCUUGUAGAAGAGAAACUGAUGAUAAACAAACUGAAAACAUGACGCGACAGUACGAGAAACAAAGAGCUGAAUAUGAGAAACAAAGAAAGGAUCACAUAUCCCACUUCAUUCUUAGACUUGCCUACUGCCAAUCGGAGAAUCUGAGGCGCUGGUUUAUACAACAGGAAGUUGAGCUUUUUCGAUACCGCUUCUGUCACCUGGCCGCAGAGCUAAAACAUGAGUUUCUGGAGCAAAACAAUUUGCGGUAUGAUAAGAUUAGUGACAAAGACAAGGAGGAUCUGCAGGAGAAACUUAUCAACUCCAGUUUUGCUCUCAGUGAAGUCAAAGUGGAGCUUCAAGAUUUCUACAAAGUUCCAUUUCAAGAUGCUCUGGAUCUAGUCCGUACAAGAAAAGUUUACCUGAAAGCAGGUUACGUGUACAUCCCACACCAGGACAUUGUCACCAUCGUACUCAAUGACUUCCGCACAAGGCUGUCCAAAGCUCUUGCAAUGACGGCUCGCUCUCUACCAGCAGUGCAUUCUGAUGAGCGACUUCAACCUCUCCUGACUCACCUCAGCCACGCCUAUGUGGGACAGGAUUACAGCAUCCAGAAAAAUGUUGGAAAAAUCUCUUUGGAGCAAAUUGAUUCACUUUCAGGAAAAUCCUUUCCACUCUGCAUGAGGCACCUUCAUCAGUCCUUGAGAGAGAACCACCAUCUUCGCCAUGGUGGCCGAAUGCAGUAUGGUCUCUUCCUCAAAGGCAUUGGCCUCUCUCUGGAACAGGCACUGCAGUUCUGGAGGUCAGAGUUCAUUAAGGGCAAAGUGGAUGCGGACAAGUUUGACAAAGCGUAUGCCUACAGCAUCCGCCACAUGUACGGAAAAGAAGGCAAGCGGGCAGACUACACCCCCUACAGUUGCAUGAAGGUGAUUUUGUCAAAUCCACCCAGCCAAGGCGACCAUCACGGUUGUCCAUUUCGACACAGUGACCCAGAAUUGCUGAAACAGAAGCUUCAGCACUAUAAGGUGUCUGCAAGUGGAAUCAGUCAGAUCCUGGAGCUGGUUAAAGGAAUGCAUUAUCAGCUGGCGUGUCAGAAGUACUUUGUGCUGACACACAAUAUUGACGACGUCAAUUUCUCGCUCAAUCACCCCAACGAAUACUUCCAAGAAAGCCAGCAAAUCCUGACCGGUGGCAAAGAACAAAAGCGAGAGACAGACACCCCACAGAGGGCGGCAGAGCACUCUGCCAGCAGAGGAGCCACCUCAGCUCACGAAACCGCAACAAAGUCUACCCCGGAUUUAGCUGAGAUGACAGAAGACCUGGACUCAUUCUUUCAAGAUCCCUGAUUGAGUUUUAGGACAAAAGAAAUGAGGUUUUCCUGCUUUAAGAACUAAGGAUUACAUUGCUUAUAUUACAAUACAAAGCUGAUUCUUUUUUGGGGGGGGAUUUUGACAUUUUUAGUCAUCAAGAACACUAAUAUGCUGUUGACUGGAUUUUACUUAAUGUAAAUUUAACGUCAGAUUGAACCCCUUUUAUUUCUCACAGUAAACUUUCUUUACAUAGUGAUAGAUAACUGUCUGUUUAACCAUCAGCUAAAAAGUGUUUUUCUUUGUUUGCAGUCUGAAACAGCUUCUACUCUCUGCUCAUUGUUUUGGCAGGGUCGUGGCUUUUGGGGUGAUGACUAAAACAUUUCCCAGCUGCCUCAGAAACAAUGCCAUUGUAUUUGUUGGCAGGAGUACGGAUGAAAAUAAACAGUGUCCACAGUGGCACUGCUGUGGAAUAUUGCCUCACAGUGA